AUGAACGGCGUGACUACUGAGCUCCAUACAAGCAAUAUACCCAACCUCACAACCGAUGUGCUCAUUGUCGGGGCUGGUUUUGGAGGCAUAUAUGGGCUUUAUCAGUUCCGAAAACUGAAUCUCUCGGUUAAAAUUGUCGAAGCUGGUUCCUACUACGGUGGUACUUGGCAUCACAAUCGUUAUCCUGGCGCCCGUGUCGACUCGGAGGUUCCAUACUAUGCGCUGUCGAUUCCUGAAUUAUGGAACACAUGGACAUGGUCGGAGCGAUUUCCAGGUCAUGAGGAGCUACGUGGUUAUUUUGCGCACGCCGACAAAGUUCUCGAGCUUAGCAAGGACACAUUCUUCAACACUAGUGUCGUGGAAGCCCGCUUCGAUGUCAGUACUCAGCAAUGGACGGUCAAGACGCACAACGGUGGCGUAGUGAAAGCCACUUAUCUCGUCCUCGCUGCUGGCAGCUCUUACAAGACAUACGUGCCGGACUUUGAAAACUUUUCCACGUACAAAGGCCGUGUCUUUCAUUCAUCAGCAUGGCCCAAAGAAGACGUCGACGUGAGCGGCAAGGCAGUCGGGGUGAUUGGGAAUGGGGCUACUGGAGUGCAAAUUGUUCAAACGCUCGCUCGCCAGCCUUGCAAGCUCACAACUUUUAUCCGUACACCAAAUAUUGCCUUGCCUAUGCGGCAACGUAAGUUGACCUUUGACGAACAGGACAUUGCCAAGUCAUUCUACGAAAGCUGGUACCAGACAGCUCGAAACACGGCUUCGGGAUUCCCGUUCAAUACCAUCAAGAAUUCCAUCUGGGAUAUCUCCCCCGAGGAAAGGGAGCGCGUUUUCGAAGAGCUCUGGGGCCGCGGAGGCUUUAACUUCAGCGUGGGUAAUUAUCGAGACUUCCUCACGGACAAGAAAGCGAACGCUCUCUUCUACGACUUCUGGGCUCGAAAGGUCCGUGCUCGUAUCAAGGACCCUUUCAAGAGAGAUGUGGUUGCUCCGCUGGAGCAAACGCAGUACUUCUGCACCAAGCGACCCUCACUUGAGCAGGACUACUAUGAAGCAUUGGAUCAACCCAAUGUAACAGUUGUCAACCUGAACAAGACGCCAAUCGUCGAAUUCGUGGAGGGCGGUAUUAGAACUACGGACAAAGUCCAUGAAUUUGACAUUAUUAUCAUGGCUACCGGAUUCAAUGCGGUUACAGGAAGUCUAACAGAGAUCGAUCUCUAUGAUACAGAUGGCAAAACUGUGAAGGAAAAGUGGCAAGACGGAGUUUACACAUACUUGGGACUUACUAUCCCUAAGAUGCCUAACCUCUUUAUGGUCUACAGUCCUCAAGCCCCCACAGCUUUUGUUAACGGACCGCCUGUCAUUGAGAUCCAGAUGGAAUGGAUUGUGGAUGCUGUAAAGAAGAUGCGAGAAGUGAAGAUCAAGUCGAUCACUCCCAGUUUUGACGCAGCAGAAAAAUGGCGGGACGACAUUCAGAAAAUGAAUGAGAAGACACUCCACAUCUAUUCCGACAGUUGGUACAUGGGUUCCAAUAUCCCCGGAAAGAAACGAGAACAGCUCUUGUAUAUGGGAGGUCUCAAGACAUACAACAAUGUAAUUCGAGAUGCCCUCGAUGGCUGGAAGGGCUUUGAGGUCACCCGAGCUUGA